UCUCCCUCUUUGCAUCACGACUGUACAGAGAUAUCUCCUCUCGUCCUCUAGAUCUGAGGGUGGGUGCUUGAUCACAGAGGAACAGGAGGGAAUGAAGAGCUAACAGACGUGACGGCAGCUUGGAGUGAGAAACAGGCGUGGGCGAGAUGGCAUCCAAGGACGGGGAGGAACCGAAUGGGAGCAGUGGCCAAUUUGACAGCAGACUGAAGAACAAGAAGCCUCCCAGCUUGGUGAUUGCAAUCCCUUCUUCUGAGGAUGAGGAGAAGGCCGUAGCAGGCACUCGGCUGUUGCGGUCGUCUUUAAAGAAGAGUGUUAGCAUGCAGCAGUCAAACGAGGCAUUGUCAGACAGUGGGGGCAAUGAGAGGAGAGCGACCUUUCGCAGACAGACGUCUCUUUCUCAGAGUAUACGCAGGGGCACAGCUCAGUGGUUCGGUGUGGGUACGGACUCUGAGAGUCAGCAGCAGUUAUGGCAGAGGAAGAGUCUUCGGCACUGUAGUCAACGAUAUGGUAAACUGAAAGCUCAGUACAGAGACGCACAUGAUGCGGCGAGCCCAGAGCACACCCUCGACUCACCCGCUUCCCACAAGAUGCCAAAGAUUGUGGACCCUCUUGCACGUGGACGUCAGUUCCGUUAUGACGACGCAGAUCGACCCAGGACGCCCCACACUGCCCAUGCCCCACCCCCUCUGACCCCUGGUGUCUCUUCCCUCAGCUCUUUUACCAGCCAGCGGUCGGCCUACACGCGCUUUCCUCGCAGGAAAAGAGAGAGUGUGGCUCGCAUGAGCAUCCGUGCAGCCUCCAACCUGAUCAGGGGUCGUCCGGGACUUCACGGUACUCCGGCGGCUCGGAGUUUCCCCCGGAGGAGUUUUGCUCGGCACAGCUGGAUGGAGGAGGACACGGGGGACACAACCGACAAUUCUGACUCUGUAUUCUUUAGCAAGGUGGAUGCUCAUGAUGACUUUUACUCUAUAACUGAUGAUGUAUUUGAGUCCCCACCCUUGUCUGCGUCUCUGGCUAUGGGCGGUCCACAUGACGAUGCUGCUCGCUACCCCAGGUUUAAGGAAAUGAGCCGAACUCCAGCCGCAGCAGCAAGCCCCAUCCCUCGGCGUGGAGCCCGUAUCGCAUCCCAAGUCAAACACUUUGCCUUUGAUAAGCACAAGCGAGAAUUCGGCAAGGGUGUGGUGGGGAAGUGGCUGGACCGUCACUACAGACGCAGCCUGAGCAGCCAAGUCCAAAAACAGCUGAAUGACUUUCACAGUCACAGGCCGUAUUUUACCUACUGGAUCACAUUUGUUCACAUUGUCAUCACCUUGCUGACAUGCUGUACAUACGGCUUUGCUCCAGUCGGCUUUGCCCAGCUCACUGUCACUCAGCUGGUCCUAAAAAACAAAGGGGUGUAUGAGAGUGUGAAGUACGUACAGCAGCAGAAUUUCUGGAUCGGUCCAGCAUCAGUAGAUCUGAUCCACUUGGGGGCGAAGUUUGCUCCCUGUAUCAGACGACACAUAAAGAUAGCAGAAAGGUUGCAGAUUGACAGAGACGAAGAGAAGGAGUCUGGCUGCUGUGUCCAGAACGACAACUCGGGUUGUGUACAGACUCUCAGAAAAGGCUGCUCGGAGACACUGGCCACCUUUAUUAAGUGGAAUAAGACGGAUGUAGAUAAUAAACGUUCAUCAGGAGCUGUGUGCCAUCAGGAUCCCAGAACGUGUCAGGAACCUGCAUCAGCCGAGCCUCAUGUUUGGCCUGAUGACAUUACACAGUGGCCGAUCUGUACAGAUCAAGGUGCCUCAAACCAUACUGGGCUCCGGCACAUGGACUGUACCAUCAGAGGUCGCCCGUGCUGCAUUGGCACACGAGGGAGGUGUGAGAUAGCUACGAGAGAGUACUGUGAGUUUAUGCAUGGUUAUUUCCAUGAAGAAGCAACACUUUGCUCACAGGUUCAUUGUCUGGAUCAAGUUUGUGGGCUGCUGCCGUUUCUGAACCCGGAUAUUCCAGACCAGUUCUACCGUCUCUGGCUCUCGCUUUUUCUGCAUGCAGGCCUCCUGCACUGCCUGGUGUCCGUAGUGUUCCAGAUGACUAUUCUGAGGGACCUGGAGAAACUGGCCGGCUGGUUGCGCAUCUCCAUAAUCUACAUUUUUAGUGGCAUCACUGGGAACCUGGCCAGUGCCCUCUUCCUGCCGUACAAAGCAGAGGUGGGUCCAGCUGGUUCUCAGUUUGGCCUGUUGGCGUGUCUGUUCGUGGAGCUGUUUCAAGGUUGGCAGAUAUUGGAGAAACCAUGGAAAGCUUUCUCCAAGUUGCUCGGCCUCGUCCUCUUCCUCUUCCUGUGCGGCCUGCUGCCCUGGAUCGACAACAUCGCCCACAUCUUCGGCUUCCUCAGUGGCCUGCUGCUUUCCUUCGCCUUCCUGCCCUACAUCACGUUUGGCAUGUUGGACAAGUACAGAAAACGAGUGCUAAUCAUCUUUUCGUUGAUCAUAUACACCGGCUUGUUCUCCUCACUCAUUGUCUGGUUCUACAUCUACCCCAUCAACUGGCGCUGGCUGGAGUAUUUUACCUGCAUCCCUUUCACCAGCAAGUUCUGUGAGCGCUAUGAUAUCGACUAAUCAUUGAGGGACUGAUUAACCAGCUAGCCCUUCAGCUAGCACCAAAUCUCAAGCACUGAAGUACAGACCAGGUGGUGUAUCAGUGUGCUAAUGACUUGGAUACCUAGCAUGCAAGGAACUACAUAAAUGACCACAGCUUGCACUAUCAUGUAAGGAUAAGUGGCCAUAGCAAGCACAACCAAGGACUGCAACAGGAGUCUCACCUACGCUGCAAUGCAUUAUCAGACAUGGUUAUACGGGUUUUAGGUGCAGUAUCUGAUAUCUACUAUUCAGCAUUAUUUUUUGACACUAAAUAUUACUUCAGGGUAAAAGUUAUCCCAGUUGACUGUGUUACAAACCUGCACUAACACCUUGUAUGACAAAGUGACCCUGAUCUUAAAACCUUCAUGUUUUCUGUGGAACCCCCUACUCCCUGUUAUUCUUUAUACUAUCCCUUAUCCUACCUAGCGUUUGGUUUCUUCUACUACUGCCAAAAAUGCUUGAAGCCUCAAUUUAGCCGAGUAUAUUCACAUUGGCAGCUCAAAUCUGGCAAAAUGGUUCCUUUGGUGCCAUUCUCACAAUGUUGAGCUAGCUAGAUAAUGUUGAGUUUCUACAUGGACUUUAUAUCAGAUAUCAGCCAUAAAUAUGCAUGUUUAUUAGCUUUUUAGUUAAGUUAUUGAAACUAGCUUUCAUUAAGUUGAAUCCUUAGGAAUUUGUAUUGUCAUUCAACUUGGUAUAAUUUCCUAAUUUCUCAUUAAUAGCCUUUCACAAGGCAGGUACAUCACUUGGGAGUCUUUUCAAAGCAACUUCAGGUCCUCAGGAAAGAAAGUUUUGACUGGAUGAUCAGACGUAGUCCAGAUGUAGUCCAAAACCACCAGAAAUAGCUCUGCCAUGAAUUAAAGGCUGCAAUUCCAUAGACCUAGGCUGGAGGGCUAAGUGGGUAGCACUGUCGCCUCACAGCAAGAAGGUCCCGGGUUCGAUCCCCAGGUGGGGCGGUCCGGACACAGUCCUUUCUGUGUGGAGUUUGCAUGUUCUCCCCGUGUCCGUGUGGGUGCUCCGGUUUCCUCCCACAGUCCAAGGACAGUGGUAGCCUAGUGGGUAGAGCUUUAGGCUAUCAACCGGAAGAUUGGCGGUUCAAAUCCAGGCUCUGCUAUGCAGCCACUGUUGGGUCCUUGAGCAAGGCCCUUAACCCUGUCUGCUCCAGGGGCGCCGUACAAUGGCUGACCCUGCGCUCUGACCCCAGCUUCCAAAAACAAGCUGGGAUAUGCAAAGAAAGAAUUUCAUUGUACUGUAUAUGUAUAUAUGACAAAGUACAUCUUCUCUUCUUCAAAGACAUGCAAGUGAGGUGAAUUGGAGAUACGAAAUUGUCCACAACUGUGUUCGUUAUAACCUUGUGUAAUGAGUAACUACCGUUCCUGUCAUGAAUGUAACCAAAGUGUAAAACAUGACGUUAAAACCCUAUUAAACAAAUAAUAAACAACUUAGGCUGGAGUGCUAAAAAGCCACUGCUCCAAAUUUAGCACCUAAAAGCUUGGCUGAAGGUUGUUACUGAUCAUAUGCAUGAAAAAUCAUGAAACCGCAGCUUGUUUUUUGCACGCCCGCUAAUAGGACAGCCUUGGCAAAGACCCCAGAUUUGUGCACUUUUGAAUUGGUUUAGUUAAACUAGUCCUAUUUAUGUGGGUGCAGAAAAGUAAUCAGCUAUAGUCAAUCAUGAUCACUUUGGAAUGAGGUGGCCUAGAAAAAUUGCUGUAUUUAUAUUUUUGAUCCUGCAUAUGUUUAGAACAACUCAUAAACAAUAAAAUAACACUUACGUUUUUUAUUAUUUAUUUUUUGCCUGAUUACUGUUAUACAUCGUUUAACCUGGUAUAUCACAUCUCUGACUGAUGUACAUUUUUAUUAUAGUAUGUAUAGUAUGUAUGGACAUUUUAUUACACUUGAUAAUCUUUUUUCCUUAUCAAAGUAAAUAAUGUGUCUAAUAACGGUACAAUCGUAAACCAGCUGUUUAAUGUGCCUUGAUGACUUUCACCAUGACAUGUAGACAUUAACAUUGUAAGCAUUAUAAACAGUUCUAGAAAGAUCUGAAUGAUUCUUGAACAUUCUGAAUGGCUCUAGAAGGAUUUGAACUGUUCCGGAACAUUUUCUAAUUUUAAAAAGACUAAUUCUGCUAGAAAAAUCUUAUCAGUUCUAGAACAUUCUUAAAGACUCCACUUUUUGACAAUCUGAAGGUUGUCAAAUUCUGAAUUGCAUUAAUAUAAGAAACUCUGGUCUCUGUGUGUGUGCCAGGUUCAUGGAAGAACACGUCGACUAAAAAGAAUUCAUUAUUAAAUUAUCCCAGAAGAAUUUCAGUAAUCUAAUCAGUUUUUAGCACAUUCACUUAAGCUGGUUUAGCAUUGGAUGUCUGGAAACAGUCUUUUGAUGGGGAAGGGAUGCAAGGUGCUUUAUUUGAGUACUGAUUAUUGAAAGUUCUAGAGGUAAUGGCAGAAUCUGAUCUUGCCAUAAAAUGAUUGAUGAUCCACUGUCUGCAUUUCAUCUAACCUGAAUGUAUUGUUUUAUACUUUUGUAUAUUUUUAAAUCAAACUGUGCCAUAUCUGUAUAUUUCUGGUUGAUUUGCUCUGUGUGUUUUUACAUUGACAUUUACUGUGCCUUAUAAUUAAGAGGAUAAAAGAAUCUGAAUCAAAACUGUCAGAAUGUGUAAAAAUGGAAUUGAUUUAAAUAUAUCUGUACUUGAUCACUGGUAUGAUUAAAAUGAUAAAAGUGUUUUAUAAGGCAAUCCUAACAGCGGUUUAUUUUCAAUACAGUAAUUCCUUGCUUUAUGGUGUUUCUUGCCUAUGAAGAUCAUUGUGCCUUUAUAAAAAUAUCUGAGUGUUUUUCUAGUAAAAUCUGUAAUUAAAACAUUAAUGUGUCUGUUUAUUAAUGAUGUAACAUGGUUACAUGCACAUACACUAAUCAGCCAUAACAUUAAAACCACAUCCUUGUUUCUACACA